CCCUUGGAACGAAGAGAGGACGCAUAUGUCGCUGAAUCCCUGCUUCCUCUCAACCUCCUGAAGACAACAAUAGAGCACCUGCCAACAUUAGCGAUGAGGGUUAGGCUAACUAUCCCCUCAUCCUACUUCGAUAUUGCGGGACUCAUAAACCUCGAAUUGGAACAGCCGCUAACCACACCCGCUGCACAAAAGGUGCUUGGGAAAAUUCUGAACGGCGAAAAGCCUCCAGGAUACGACUGGGUAAUAACCGUGGCAGAGGGAUCUCCAAGAGAAUAUUUCGUUCAUCGCAAAGUUCUAGAGGACGCAAGCCCUACUUUGAAAGUUGUCUUCCACACACACACUUCGCUUCCCUCUGAGCAACUGCUGAUGGUUUCUCACGAAGAUCGUUGCAUUUUGACGACCACUCACGCGUCCGAUAUGAAGACCAUCCUAACCUAUUUCUACCUCCGUCAGUUUGACAUUCCUGCUUAUGACGCCUUCGCUCGGGUCGGAAGAACACUGUGUUGGUUGUUUCCUCAAGAAAUAAUCUCAAAGUUUUUCGAAUACUGGGAAGUUGCCAUUGUGCGUGAUCUCCUGAAAACAAAUAAACGCGACUCUUACGCAACACUUCACACUUGUGCACGACAUCUCAUAUCCAUCUUCUCAGCGCCAUAUGGUGCAAUGCCUGUGGCGAAAAGAACGGCCGUUGCUGUUAUGGCUGACACCUGGCAAAUGGCUGAAGCUCUUGGUACGAAUGUUGAGGAAGAAAUCAAAAAGAUGACCGAUCUUCCCAUGGGAUUUAUGGAAAAGAUUCUGUACAGCGUUGAAAAAUUCCGCACUGUCGUUAGUGGAGUACGCAAAACUAGCAUC